AACUAUCUCUAAAUGCUUAUCUCUUAAUCAUGUAACCAAACACACACAUGUGAAUUCUGCGUUUGUAAUAGAUUAACCAAUUUCUUGAGUUUAAAUUUGGUUUUGCAACUGUUAAGAGAUAUAUAUUGAUAGCAUAGGAAACAUACACAAAGAUUAUCACCAUUCAAAUUUGAUUGGAUUCAAUCUCAACACUAAUAAGAAUUUAGGAUUAUUUUGUAAUUUUUCAACAUUGCAUUGAGGAAUUAGGAUUAUUAUUGCUCAAUUCAGUGUUAGUGUUCACCUUUGAUGAUAGCAGCAACAACAAUGGAAACCGAAACACUUAUGAGGGGUGACAAGCUCAUUCUGAGGGGAGUAAUGUUCCAUGGUUUUCAUGGUGUGAAUCCAGAAGAAAGAACACUUGGUCAGAAAUUCUUGGUAGAUAUAGAUGCUUGGAUGGAUCUUAGAGCUGCUGGUAAAUCUGAUAACUUGUCAGAUUCAGUUAGCUACACAGAUAUAUACCGUAUUGAUGAAUGCAGAAUAGUAAAGGAAAUUAUUGAAGGGCCACCCCACAACCUUCUGGAAUCAGUGGCUCAAAAGAUUGCAAGCACAACUCUAACCAAUCACCAUCAGAUAUCUGCUGUUAGGGUUCUAGUUGGAAAACCCCAUGUUGCAGUUAUGGGUCCAGUUGAUUACUUAGGAGUUGAGAUUCAUAGGUUCAGAAGUGAUGUAGCAAACUAGAAUUUAGUUUGAUUUCAGUGCUGAAUGUUUUGUAGCUCUAACUUUGUCUUUUCAUUACAUUGAACUUCCAAUAAUGCUUGGUUAGAUAAGACUUGGUUGUUAUUGUUUCAAACACAGAGACAGCUAUGGUUUUAAAUUUAAUCUCUACUUGA